GUGGGCCACACACCCACGUGAUUCUGAUUCUCCUCCCACGGACCUUCCUUUCCCCUUCCUUUUCUCUUUACUUUCUCCCUCUCGAUCGAAUCUGGCUGGGAAGCUCCCGCGAGCUUUGGCCCCAAGGGCGAGCGGCGCGGCGGCUCGACGCGGCGGGCUGGCAGGAGGGAGGUGCGGCACAGCAGGCCGGCGGCGAUGGGGACGCGCGGCGCGACGGCGGAUUUCUCUGGGCGUCGGCGUCUCUGGCUGGGGAGCUCCGCGAGCGGCGCGGCUGGCUGGCGGCGCGGCACGACUAAGACCUUCCCGAGGAGGCACGACGGCGGCGGCAUGUUUCCGGAGGCGUCGGCAUCUCCGGGGGAGCGGUGGGCCCACGGCGCGGCGGAGAGCUCCCCAUGGGCAGCAGUAUUUUUCUUUUUUCUUUUUAAUUUUUUGAUGGAAAUUUUUUCACAAAACUUUUUCCCCAAUUUUUUUAGUUUUGGGUGCAACAAUUUUUUUUCAAAAUCUUUUCAGUUUUCUUCAAAACUUUCUCUUACAAUUUUUUUCAUCAAAGUUUUCUCUUCCUUCUCUCUAAAAUAUUUUUCUUAGAAUUUUUCUCUGAAAAACUUUAAGUUUCUCUCCCAGAUUUUUUUCUGAAUUUUUUUUCCAAAAAAAUUGUCUCACAAAACGACAAAAAAUGUUACUAAAAAAAAGUCUGGAAAUCGACAUGUGGGGAGAAGAUUCUCUCUUGUCGGAAAUCGACCAGAUGCAACCCAACUUACGGGCGCCCGCAAAUUAGGCAGCCCCCUCUGCAGCGGCAGACUCCUACUGCAAACCAAGAUCAUCGAUCAGUGACUUCCUCCUGAUUAUUUCACCUCUCUCUCUCUCUGAUCUUCUUUAUUUGCGUUUCACCAAUCUUCAUCAGUUCACCGACCGAGACCACCAGCUGCUAUGAAGAGCAUUGGCAAGGCGGCCGAGUUCCUGAGGAAGGCGGUGGGCGCGCUGCGGGGGAAGGCCACCGUGCUCCGCGCCCGCCUCCUCUUCCUCGCCUCGCUCCGCCGCAGGAUGGCCGUGGUCGCCGGGAUAUCCCGCCACAUCCGCGCGCUCACGCCGCGCCAGGGCCAGGCCCGGGACAAGGCAGCGGCGCAGUGCCAAGGCACGGCCGUCGUCGCGACGGCGGAGGACGACGCGGACGACGAGAACGUCGUCGGCCUCCCCGUCCCCGAACUGGCUCGCUUGUUCGAACAAGUAGCCGACGAGGACGGCCACGGCGGGUACGCCGAGUGGGCGCUCACGCUGCGCUCGCUGUUCGACGACGACGAGGACAGCGAGCUCCGUGCUGCCGCGUUGCCCGCCGUGGACGGGCUCCACGACGACGAUGUCGGCCAGGAGGAGGAGCCGUCGGUGAUCGACGUCAUCAGGAGCCGCCUGGAGGGCGACGGCCGGGAGUUCAGGAUCGAGGACGAGAUCGACCGCGCCGCCGACAUGUACAUCGCCAGGGUCCGCCGCCGGAUCAUGAACGCGCACACGGCCGGAGAUUGCUGAAGAAGCCACAGUGGCAUCCAGUAGUAGUAGUUCGUUAAUUUCACAGGCACGCCUGAGAUUUGACCAAGGACACCAGGUUUUCAGUUUGGUCCCUCCUUUUCAGCUGAUCUUUGCACUGGAGUAACUAAUUUAGCCAAUUUGGCUGAAAGCUGACUGUUGUAUAAAAGGGAUUAUUUUGGACAAGUAAGCUGAUGUAAAACUAUGUGGUUCCAACUUUCCAAGCGAGUAUAUUAAGUAAGAAAUAUCCUAUUAUAUAUGGUUAA